CGCGUCUCGACAUUGUCGCCUUGGUCCGUGUCAACAAGUUUGAUGUUCACUUUCAUUUCAAUAUUAAAUCAUCGCGAGUCUCCUCAGAAAUACACCAGAUUUGCCCCUUUUGCAGAUCUCUAACGACAUUUUCAAAUACUCAUUAUACUUUGUAUAGACGUGCAGGGAACCCUCAUAACGACCAUUUUAACGACUAUUACGAAUCUUCCUUGUCAUUGAGAUACGCUUCUCUUGUCGAACAGCAACAGCCACCAGGACAACAUUUCAUAUCAAAUUCGAGAGAACCUUGCUGCUUUGCAUUUUGUCUGAUCUAUUCAGAUUUCUGAUUGAAAUAUCUGCAACGAUCUAGCUUCAAGGCACUCCUUCAAACCGCGACAGUUUCCGAUUCCAAGAGGCAACGGCGCAAACCAUUAUGGCUGCCAGUGAGAGUUCUAGACAAUACGUCCCCCUUACUUGCCAUGGCCAUUCACGCCCUGUUACGCAUCUGAGCUUUUCUGGCAUUGUUGGCGACAACCGCGAGGAAUACUACUUGAUCUCAGCAUGCAAAGAUAACAACCCAAUGCUGAGGGAUGGCAUGACCGGAGAUUGGAUUGGAACUUUUUUUGGCCACAAAGGCGCUGUGUACCAGGCUCGUUUAUCACCAGAUGCAUCUCUGGCUGCCACCGCAUCAGCAGACUUCACUGCACGAGUAUGGGAUACACACACUGGCGAAACUCUAUACACACUUCAGCACAACCACAUCGUUCGCGCUGUCGCAUUCCCUCCAAAUAAUGGCCAGCUCCUUGCAACGGGCGGCAUGGAGAAGAAGCUGCGCAUUUUCGAUCUCUCGAGCGUAGCGCCAAUUACAAAUGGCGCCCCAACAAACGGCGACUCUUCAGAUCCGACUAUUAUCUCAGCGGAUAAGGGCUUCGAAAUUGGCCCAGAUGUCCACAAGGGGGCUAUCAAAGCCAUCAUCUGGACACACGACCCAAACAUCCUCGUCACAGCUGCCGACGACAAGAUAAUCCGCUGGUGGGACUUGCAGAACAGGGUGGUCAUCCAGGAAUUGCCGGUAAAAGGCGACAUUGGUUCCUGCGAGUUCAACAUGCUCUCCGCCGGUGCCGACUCCGCGGAUAUCGGAGGGGGCAUGCCCGUCCUGGCUAUUGCGGCUGGCCGUACCGUUUAUUUCUAUGGCGGCGCGGAUGCAAGACAUCUGCUGAAGUCAGUGAAUCUUCCAUAUGACGUCGCCAGCGUCGCCAUCCACCCGAAGCAGCGCAAGUUUGUGACUGGUGGGAUUAAGGACACCUGGGCAAAGGUGUACAACUAUGACACCGAGCAGGAACUUGAUGUUCAUAAGGGUCAUCACGGCCCCAUCUGGAGUAUUAGCUUCUCUCCCGACGGCAAACUCUAUGCUACAGGGAGCGAGGAUGGCACCAUCAAGAUGUGGAAGAACUGCGCCGGGCCAUUCGGCCUCUGGCGUGCCGAGAAAGAGGUAUGAAGUCUGCUCGCGAUGUGAAGUAGUCAAACACUAGCGAGGGGGUCGUGCCGCGACACGAAGGGGGAGCUGCUUCCCAGAUAUUGGUUCCAUUGAAAUUGGCGAAACGGACCUUGGCGGGUCCUGCUACCAGAGAUGCGGACCAGGGUGUUUUGUGGGAGUAUUGGGACAAGCAUUGUAGCGUCAGCAUGAGAUCUGGAAGUGCCCAUGGCGGGCAUUGGCUGUAAUUUAGGUCGGAAGGUUGGGCGGACUCAUUGCAUAUUCCAAGUAGCGGGUUAAGGAGUAGGUCAGGAUCGGUUGGGCGAAAUCAGAUAUACAGAUUUCAACGAC